AUGGCAGGAUUUCCAGAUCAAAUUAAAAAAGUUUUAGUUGAAAUUGAUAGAAGCACCAAGGGUUUCCCAUUAUUAAAUCAUUUUGAAGCUCAAACUGGUUUACCAAGAUCUUAUGCUGUAUUAGGACUAGUCGGAGUUUAUUUCUUCUUAAUAUUUUUAAAUAUUGGAGGAAUUGGUCAAUUAUUAUCAAAUAUUGCCGGAUUUGUUAUACCAGGUUAUUAUUCAAUAUUAGCUUUACAAACCUCAACAUCAAAAGAUGAUACUCAAUUAUUAACUUAUUGGGUUGUUUUUGCAUUUUUAAAUGUUUUGGAAUUUUGGUCAAGUGCAAUUUUAUAUUGGGUACCAUUUUAUUAUUUAUUUAAAACUAUCUUUUUAUUAUAUAUUGGUAUUCCAGGUUUUGGUGGUGCUAACAUUAUUUAUGGAACUGUUAUUAAGCCAAUUGCUGAACAAUAUAUUAAACCAAGUAAUGUCAAUGUUGCUACUCAAUUGAAUGAAGCUGCUGAAGGUGUUUCUACUUCAGUUCAUAUUUAA